AUGGAAGACAGUAGAAAGUUUGAUGGCCCAAGACCUUUUCGGAGCUUGGACUCAUGGUUCACACAUGAAUGCUUUCUAAGAAUGGUGAAGGAAGAAUGGAGGGAAUUAGGUGAUGUGCAAUUCCUAGAUAAAAUGAAAGCGCUAUCAGUAUCAGUACGGAGAUGGCAUAAACAACAAUUUGGGGAUAUAACUGAGAAGAUAAGAAAGUUUGAGGAAGAGAUAAAGAAGGUGGAUGAUAUGGUUAGUAGUGGAUUGUUUGAUGGUACAAUGGAGGCAAGGAGAAGGGCGUUAGUAAGAUACUGUGAGAAGUGGUAUGUCAGACAGGAUGUUUAUUGGAAGCAAAUGUCUAAGGCUCGGCAUGUUAAUAAGAUGGAUAUGAAUACAAGGUAUUUUCAAAAUAUUGCUUCGGAAGUCUUCCCAACUUUGAGAUUUAGGGAUGGAUUAGUCAACUGUCUGGAGAGGGAGGAAGCUAAAGCACUAGAGGUGAUGCCAUCAGUAGAGGAAGUGAAAGAGGCAGUAUGGGACUGCGAAUCUUCUAAGGCUCCAAGGAGUGAUAGAUACAACAUAAAUUUUAUAAAAAAGUGUUGGAGUGAGAUUGGAUCGGAAUUCACUACAGCUGUGAUGAGCUUUUUUGAGACUGCAAGACUACUAGCAGAUUCCAAUGUCACAUGGGUAGCGUUGGUUCGAAAAUUCGUUGGGGCAAAAGAGAUAAAAGACCUCAAACCUAUCAACAUGGUUGGAUGUGUUUAUAAAGUUAUUUCUAAACUGCUGACAUGA